AUGGCCGACGACGCCAGCGGACCAAGCCCGGACUACUCGACAUGGAGCAACAGCAGCCUGGUUGCACGGAUCACGGAGCUUGAGCGUCAACUCCAUUCUCGGACGUCGCAAUAUACAUCGACUCUCGAGACACACCCAACCCCCCAACCUACUGCUCGGCCGAUCUCGACGGAUGUCUGUGAACCCGCAAUCCCGCUCUACAAGUCAGCCGCCGAGAUCGAUACCAGCCCCUCAAAGAAGCGAGCGUUGCCUUCGCAAGGCGACAUCACCCACACGCCUGCGCCGUCGCGCCCCUUCAAGGCGGACCGAGAUUUCGAUCCUUCCAAAUACUCGACGCGCUAUAUUGCGCUCAAGUUCGCUUACCUCGGUCAGCGCUAUAAUGGACUCGAGCACACUAAUGGCAAUGCUACACCCCUUCCAACCAUCGAGGAGGUGCUGUGGAAGGCGUUGCGACGGACUCGAUUGAUCCUUCCAACGCCAGAGACGGAGACACCAGAGGACGAGCCGAAUGAUAUUGAGCCUCGAGCGAUGCGGCCCUACUCUAUCUACUGGGAUGGAUGCGAUUACUCGAAGGCCGGUCGCACGGAUCGAGGCGUGAGUGCGUUCGGGCAGGUCAUUGGGCUCCGCGUUCGAAGCGCGCGGCCUAAGGCGAAGAACUCUUCGACCGAAAAUGCUUUGGAGGAAGAGAGUGCGAUGCAAUUUGAGACGCCCCCGUCCGACGACAGGGCUUGGGAUGACGUGGCUGAUGAAUUGUCCUACAUACAACUCUUAAACAGGGUGCUUCCGGAAGAUAUCAGAGUGCUGGCCUGGUGUCCGAAUCCGCCGCCAGAGUUCAAUGCUCGGUUCUCAUGCCCCCGCUUUCUCCCCACCCCCGGCCCCCUGGGAUUUGAACAUUACGCGGGAGGUCAAGGGCCGCGCGCCAAAUACCGCGAGGGCUGGCUGGAUAUCGAAGCCAUGCGGGAGGCAGCCAAGCAUUUCGAGGGGGUGCACGACUUUCGAAAUUUCUGCAAGCUGGACACCAGCAAACAGAUUGAAAACUUCGAGCGAAGGAUAUAUCACUCAGACAUCGAACUCGUCAACCCCAAGACCAAUCCACUGGGCUACGUUGGUCAACCUGGAUUCCAGGCGCAAGAGAACUCGGUCCCCGAAGUGAACAUGACAGCGUCAGAAACGUCUUCUCCAGGCACUCCGCAGGUGUACUCGUUCAACCUGCAUGGCUCGGCCUUCCUGUGGCACCAAGUCCGGCAUAUGGUUGCCAUCCUCUUCCUAGUCGGGCAAGGCCUCGAAUCUCCCUCCAUCGUUCCCGAGUUGCUGGAUGUUACCAAGAACCCCCGAAAGCCAACCUAUGAAAUGGCUUCGGAUGCGCCUCUGGUGCUCUGGGACUGUAUCUUCCCCGACGAAGCAUCUGGCAGCCGAGAGGAUGCUCUGGAGUGGGUCUAUGCCGGUGAUCCCCGACUCAACAAAGGCCGCAGCGCGAAAGGCGAUACGAAAUUCGGCAUUGGCGGUGUGGUUGAGGGACUGUGGACGGUAUGGAGACAGCGCAAGAUAGACGAAAUCCUGGCUGGUGCGCUACUGGAUUUGUCCGUCAGCCAAGGCGAUCAAAGCGCAGUGCACAACAUGGACAGCGCCUGGUUGAAACAAGGUAGCUCCAAGAAACAGAGCAGAGGUGCCAAGAUUUGGCAUGGUGCAGAUGGAGCCCGCCUGGGUGGGAAGUAUGUCCCCGUUCUGCAGAAGACAAAAUUGGACUCAGUGGAGGCGCAAAAUGCCAGAUGGCUGGUAGCCAAGCAGCGCAAAACGGCCAGGAACGAAGGUAUCACGGCCAAUGAGGGCUGA